CCCUUCAAGUGUGUCAUAGUGAGACUAAGUGUCUUUUUUUUCAGCAUAAGCAGCUCCGUGUCUUUCUUUGUAUUUGUGAAUUUACACAAAGUGAAGAAGAUGAACUCCAGACUCUCGCCGCUGAUCCUGCUGCUGCUCAUUCCAGGCCCUGUAACAUUAGACCAGCUCUCUGUGAGCUGUAGUCAAAAGAGUAUUUGUGCUCUGAAGGAGACAGAAGUGACACUGCAGUGCUCUUAUGACUACAACAGCAACAUCAAAACUGUGUUCUGGUUCAGCGAGAAACAAAGUACAAACUGGAGAAAAAACAAUGAACCUGAAGAUUUGACUUUAGACUCAGAUUACUCAGGACGAGUGAAACAUCAGAUCUCAAGCAGCUCUUCAACACUCACAAUAUCAGACGUGAGAGAGAGAGACUCUGGAGAAUAUCAGCUCAUGUUCAUCAUGAAGGAUGGAGUUAAACUUCUCAGCUCAGCAGCCGUCAGUCUAACAGUCACAGUCCUGCAGGUGAGGAUGGAUCCUGCAUCUAUAGACCUGACAGAUCAGACAGUUAAACUGAGCUGUGAUGCUUCCUGUGAUUUCACCUCUCGAGUCUGGUAUGACUGGAUGAAGGAUAGAAAGCAUUUGAUAUAUACACAGUCCCCAGACAUGUCCGUGUCAGUCAGCAGAGAUGCCGGCAGCUUUUCCUGUUCUCUUUAUUCACAUCAUGCACAUCCCUCCUCUUCUGUUUUGUCUCUUUCAGGUGUUUCUCAGAGGGGCUGCUGGGAUGUGACUUACACCUCUAGAAGAGUCUGUGCUUCGGUGGGCUCAACAGUAGACAUUUCCAGCACAUACUCACAUCCCUCUGGUUAUACUGUAUAUAAAACAUUCUGGUAUUACGUUCAGCCUGGAGACUUCAAGGAUCUGCGUGAGGAGCAUCAGUUUGCUGGUCGUGUGGAGUAUGUGGGGAACAAACUGAGAAUCAAAGAUCUUAAGAUCAGUGACUCUGGAGAAUAUCGAUUCAGGUUCAUCACUGACUUGAACGGCAAAUACUCUGGAUCACCAGGAGUCAUUCUUACUGUUACAGAUACGCAGGUGACAAGUAACCCAGACACUGUUUUAGGAGGAGAAAAGGUCAUAUUAAUCUGUUCAACUAAAUGCACUCUGAACGAUAAACAUACUUACAUCUGGUACAAGAACGGACGACAGGUAACAGAUGGAUUCACUAAAACCAACAAGCUGUACCUGGACUCAGUCAGCAAUGAAGAGCUUCAACAGUAUUCCUGUGCUGCAAGAGACCGUAAGGAGAACACAGCGCUACGAAACACUGCAGUCAUACUGUGUGUGUUUUUGACUCUUGCACUCAUAGGAGUCCUGUGGUAUAGGAGGAGAAGGUGUACCUUGUUUAAAACCCACAGGAUGGAAAAGGGGGAGGAGGAGGUUCAGUAUGACUCGGUGCACACAACACCCUCUGACUUCACGCAGAAAGCAGAUGCCGACAAUCAAGACAUUCAUUAUUCCAGCAUUAGUUUUAAAACAAAACACUCAUCUUCAAUCCCCACAGAUGAAUAUCCAACAGACACCACAGAAACAGAGUGUGUGCACUAUGCCUCUGUAAGGUUCAAAUAACACACUGUUGCCUCUGGUGAGCUAAUCAUGUUAUUGCAUUUGGUAUAUCAAAAUAGUUUAAAUUGACCAUUGCCCUUGGCAGCCGAUUUCCUACACUGUGGUUUUCUCAUGUGUCACUCUUUCUAAUUGUAUAAUAAAAUAAUUACAGCACAAAUCAAUAUUUGAUAUUU